AGCGAUUGUUCGGUGCCUGCAACAGACGACGAUGCUUAUCGCGUCUCUCGACUUGUGUUCUACAAGUUUGCUUCAUCGCAUCACCAGUUAAAGAUUUGAGACCGUGCACUAGAAGAAUCAAAAUUUUCAGCUUUGUUCAAUCAAACAUUGGUUUCUUACUUUUGUCGGAAAAAUCCGAGUGAGUUGCAGUUAACACCCUUCUUCAGGUAUGAUGAGUUGUUAUACUCCGAUCACAACAUGUUCUAGGAAUGUUAUCUACAUCAAGAGGCAAUUAGGCACUCACCUCUCUCAGGGAUCAUGCAAGUUCCGAACUUACAGUCUUUCUUCAGGGGUAUCGGUAUCUAAUAGACAACCUUAUAGCUGGUCGGUAUUGAUUAAUCGAUCGACCGUUGAUGGUCCUAAAGGAAAAAAGCUUGAAGCUUCUUUCUUGAGCCCUGAGGCGAAAAUGUCCAACAUGAGAAACAUGUAUUGGUGUUCAAGAUUUGCUUAUACAGGUGUGAUUGUCAGCUUGCUUGUUUGUUGUUCUUCAACUCCUCAAUCAGCACAUUCAGACGCUUCGUGGGGUAAAGAUUGUGAUCACAACAACGGGAAGAGAGUCUACAAAGAUUACUCUGUCAUUGGUAUACCUGGAGAUGGUAGAUGUUUGUUUCGUUCUGUGGCUCAUGGGUUUUGUUUACGCUCUGGUAAAAUGGCUCCAAGCGAGAAGGCACAGAGAGAACUCGCUGAUGCGUUACGUGCAAGAGUUGCUGAGGAAUUUAUCAAUAGAAGAGAAGAAACAGAAUGGUUUGUAGAAGGAGAUUUUGACACGUACGUCAAACAAAUUCAGAAGCCUCAUGUGUGGGGAGGUGAACCUGAACUCUUCAUGGCUUCACAUGUCCUCCAGAUGCCAAUCACAGUGUAUAUGAAGGACGAAAAGGCUGGAGGAUUGAUAACUAUAGCAGAAUAUGGUCAAGAAUACGGUAAAGAAGAUCCAAUACGGGUCUUAUACCAUGGUUUUAGUCACUACGACGCCCUCUUGAUACACGAGAGUAAAGCUCCAACUCACAAGUCCAAACUAUAGCGAUGCCAAAAGCAUGGAAAGUUCUUGUUUUUGAAUCGGAAUGUGUAUGCAUUGGCGGAAAUAACCUCCAGAAAGGUUAGUUGUUGCCGACAGCAAGUGGGGAUCGUCACAUGCAUCUUUGUGUUGGUAACUUUUGUCAGGUGGUAAUGAUUUUAUCUUAUCUUUUUCUGA